ACAUUGACAAGCAUUAUAAAGGAAAGACCCAUUUCCAGUAAACAUUUUCUAAUAUUGUAUACUGUUUCUCCUAUGGCUCCCAAAACACCUCCUUCUCUUCCUCUUUACGAAGUUAAGUAUAGAAAUAACAUAAUAUCUAGAGGAAUAGAACUCUUCAUUCUUUUCCUUUUGUUCUCACUGUUGGCCUAUAGAUUCUUCUAUCUAAAAUACCAUGGUUUCCAAUGGCUCUUGGCUCUUAUAUGUGAGUCAUGGUUCACUUUCCUUUGGAUUAUCAUUGUCAGCACAAAAUGGAGUCAAGUUGAACCAAAAACAUAUCCCCAACGCCUUUUGGAACGGAUUUCAGCGUUUCCCGCUGUGGACAUGUUUGUUACCACUGCAGAUCCCGUUCUAGAGCCGCCUCUUAUAACCGUAAACACGGUGUUAUCAUUGUUAGCAGUGGAUUAUCCGGCUAAUAAGCUAGCUUGUUACGUCUCGGACGAUGGUGCAUCGAUUGUUACCUAUUAUUCACUUGUUGAAGCAUCAAAAUUUGCUAAGCAUUGGGUUCCUUUUUGUAAGAAGUACAAUAUUGCCCUUAGAGCCCCUUUUCGAUAUUUUAGUGGCAAUUCAUCAUCACCACCACAAGAUAGUUCACUCGAGUUCCAACAAGAAUGGAAAAGAAUGAAGGAUGAAUAUAAACAGCUGUGUGAAAAGAUAGAAGAAGCAAGUACUCAAGAACCAGAGGCAUGUGAUUUUCCUGGAGAUUUUGCUGUCUUCUCAAGUAUCGACCCCAAAAAUCAUCCAUCCAUUAUAAAGGUAAUCUGGGAGAACAAGGAGAGUGUUGAUGAUGGAGUGCCUCAUCUUGUGUACAUCUCCAGAGAGAAGCGGCCACAGCAUCCACAUCACGCCAAAGCUGGCGCCAUGAAUGUUCUGAUUAGAGUAUCUGGAGUGAUGACAAAUGCACCAUUCAUGCUGAAUGUGGACUGUGACAUGUAUGCACAUAACCCACAAGUUGUUCUACAUGCCAUGUGCUAUUUUCUUGGCGCUAAGGAUGAAAAAGACUGCGCCUUUGUUCAAUUUCCACAAUUAUUCUACGAUGGGUUGAAAGAAGAUCCUUAUGGAAAUCAGUUGAAAAUCUUACACGAGUAUUUGGGAAGAGGAAUGAGUGGCAUUCAAGGGCCAUUUUAUCAAGGAUCAGGAUGUUUCCACAGACGAAAAGUUAUAUAUGGCUUGUCGCCACAUGACAAAAUAACUUCUGGAGAAUUGCAGGAUGAGUAUCUACAGAAAACUUAUGGGAAGUCACAGAAGUUAUUAGCAUCAGUUGCUAAGACACUCUCAGGAGGAUCAAAUAUUAUUGAGCAAUUCAAUUCUGUUUCUGUCUCCAGUUCUGUUGAGAUAGCACAUCAAGUUGGAAGUUGUGGAUUUGAAUUUGGCACUGGCUGGGGUCAAAAGUUUGGCUUGCUAUAUGGUACUCCAACAGAAGAUAUCCUAACUGGAAUCUAUAUCCAUUCAAGAGGUUGGAAAUCUGCGUACUGCUUACCUGACCCACCUGCCUUUCUUGGAUGUGCACCUUCAACUGGGCCUACCUCAAUGAUCCAACAAAAGAGAUGGUCUACUGGGCUCUUUGAAAUUCUCUUCCACAGUAAAAGCCCAAUUAUUGGAACCCUUUUUGGGAAGCUUCAAUUGCGGCAAUGCAUGGCUUAUUUGCAUGUCUUAUUAUGGUCCAUGAGAUCCAUUUUUGAAGUUUGUUAUGCUAUUCUGCCUGCCUAUUGCCUCAUUACUAAUUCCAGCCUUUUACCCAAGAUAAAUGAAUCGAGUAUGCUUAUUCCAACAUCAAUUUUUAUCAUUUACAAUCUAUAUGGUUUAUCAGAGUAUGUUAGAGCAAAUGAACCAAUAGAAGCAUGGUUGAACAACCAAAAAAUGAGUAGGAUCAAUGCUAUAACUGCAUGGCUAUUUGGGUUUGGAAGUGCUACAAUUAAGUUACUUGGACUUUCUGAAACUAUAUUUGAAGUUACAAAAAAGGAUCAAGAUGACACAAAUUCUGAUUUUGGAAGGUUCACAUUUGAUGAUUCCCCAAUUUUUGUGCCUGGCACUACAAUUCUCUUAUUGAACCUAAGUGCCAUGUUCAUUGGACUGCUGGAUUUCAAAAAAGAAAAUAUUGAAUGGGGAUUAGGGGAAGUUAUAUGCACUAUGUGGGUUGUUUUUAUAUUUUGGACAUUCUUGAAAGGCUUGCUUGCUAAAGGAAAGUAUGGAAUUCCAACACCAACCAUUCUCAAGUCAGGGGCACUGGCGUUGUUAAUAGUCCAUCUUUUUCAAAUUUACCAAUAAAUUGUAAAAAAAAUUAGAUGUUACUUUUGAAUGUUUGAAUUUCAAUUACCAUAUAUGAAUUUAGUGAUAGUUUGUUUUGAAAGAACAAUUUGUAAUUGAAUUUGCAAUGCACGUUUUGAGGUUUUUCUGUCU